AUGCCAUCCAAAAAGUCCAAAAUCGUGAUCGCCUUCGAUCUGUACGGCACCAUCCUAUCUACCGAGUCCAUCGCCAAGGAUCUGGCAUCCCACCUCAACAUCAGCAAGCAAAAAGCCCAGGCCGUCGCAGCGAAAUGGCGCCAGUACCAGCUCGAGUACACAUGGCGCAUCAGCGCCAUGGGCACGUACAAGCCCUUCGACAAGAUUACGCGCGCGGCCCUGCGGCACGCCGCCGCCGAGCAGGAAGGCAUCGACGUCUCGGAGGAAACAGCCGACAAGCUCAUGAGCGCAUAUGACGCCCUGGCUGUGUUCCCGGACGUGCCGGCGGGGCUCAAGGCGGUGCAGAAGCAGCGCUACGGGGUGCCUGUUGAGGCCGUGAUCUUCAGCAACGGCACCGAGAAGAUGCUGAGCACUUCGGUCGGCGCGUCGCCUGACCUGAAGCCGUUCGUGAGCGGCGGGGGCGGGGGGCUGUUCAAGAAGCUCAUCACCGUUGAUGAGGUGCGGACUUAUAAACCUACCGCUCAGGGCUACAGCCACCUGCAGGCGGAGGCCGACGAGGACAACGACGCGAUAGUGUGGCUCGUUAGUGCGAACCCGUUCGAUGUAGCUGGGGCUCGGAGCGUUGGGCUGAGGAGUGCGUGGAUCGACCGCGCUGGGACUGGCUGGGUUGACCGGCUUGGCGAGGCGAUCUUCGGGGUCGGGGACGAUGUUCGCAAGCGACGAGCACGGCCGACUGUCAUCGCCAAGGGCGUAGAUGAGGCGGUUGAAGAAAUAUUAAAGAUUGGAUUGUAG